AGUUAAUAGCCUGCUUUGUGGCGCGGGUGCAGGGGUGUGCCUGUGCGGCAGACAGUACUUGCAUUUAAGAAAACUUCCUGGUUAUUUAUGUACAGGUGAAGGGAGGGAAUGAGAAAGGAGGAGGGUCAGACUGGUAAGAACAAGAGAAAGACUGGAGACAGUGUGCACUCGGGAGAACGAGUGUGAGAGAAGGAGGCAACUAGUGAAAAAGAAAGGGAGGUAAAGUUGAAGAGAGGAAGUCAGAAAUACAACGUGACGGAGAAUGAUGUGAUACGAGGGAAGGCGACACAUGCAGAUACAAGCAAACCAGACACGACUGAGAGAGAGAAUAUACAAAUUAAACGCAAAUAAAGGCGCAGUCGGGCAUUGCUCAACAAGAAUAGAUUAUCAGACUUAGGAAAGGAACUGAAACAGAAGUCAGGCACAUUUGAGAGAUAAGAGUGGUGGUGUUAGGGUAGUUCAGGCUGCUCUAGGGUAAUGCACUCUGUCCACACAGCCUCCUCAACCUGAUUUCUGGGACCUUCGGUGCAAUCUGUGGAGGAGACAGCCGAGAUGAGUGAGAUGUCCAGCUUCCUGCACAUUGGGGACAUCGUAUCCCUAUACGCAGAGGGGACAGUAUGCGGCUUCAUCAGCACCUUGGGGUUGGUUGAUGAUAGAUGUGUAGUGGAGCCCGCAGCUGGGGAUCUAGACAAUCCUCCCAAAAAAUUCAGAGAUUGCCUGUUUAAAGUAUGCCCCAUGAAUAGAUACUCUGCUCAGAAGCAAUACUGGAAAGCCAAACAGACUAAGCAAGACAAAGAAAAGAUCUCAGAUGUCUUACUCCUCCAGAAGCUACAGCAUGCUGCACAACUGGAGCAGAAGCAAAAUGAGACAGAAAAUAAGAAGAUGCAUGGAGAGGUUGUUAAAUAUGGAAGUGUUAUUCAGCUAUUGCAUAUGAAGAGCAACAAGUACCUCACAGUAAAUAAGCGUCUCCCUGCUUUACUGGAGAAGAACGCCAUGCGUGUAACACUCGAUGUGACUGGAAAUGAGGGGUCAUGGCUCUUUAUACAACCAUUUUGGAAACUGCGCAGUAAUGGAGACAAUGUUGUCGUUGGUGAUAAAGUGAAUCUAAACCCUGUGAAUGCUGGUCAACCUCUACACGCCAGCAAUUAUGAGCUCUCUGAUAAUCCAGGAUGCAAGGAGGUGAAUUCUUUGAAUUCAAACACGAGCUGGAAAAUCAACCUUUUCAUGCAAUACAGAGACUAUAUUGAAGAUGUUCUAAAAGGGGGUGAUGUGGUUAGACUAUUCCAUGCUGAACAAGAGAAGUUCCUGACGUGUGAUGAAUAUAAGUCACAACUCCAUGUCUUCCUUCGUACGACCUUACGUCAGUCAGCAACUUCAGCCACCAGCUCUAAUGCUCUAUGGGAGGUGGAGGUUGUUCAUCAUGAUCCCUGCAGAGGAGGAGCAGGUCACUGGAACAGUCUCUAUCGAUUUAAACACCUUGCAACUGGAAACUACCUUGCCGCUGAGGAAAAUCCAACUUAUAAAGGGGACGCACCAGAGUCUAAAACAGGAUCCUCUAAUGCAGUACUGAACACUCUUCCCAGCCGUAGGAAUAUAGGAGAGAAGAUAAAAUAUCGUCUGGUUGCUAUACCUCAUGGGAAUGACAUUGCUUCCCUCUUUGAACUGGAUCCCACCACCUUACAAAAGACUGACUCCUUUGUUCCCAGGAACUCCUUUGUGAGAUUACGACACCUCUGCACAAACACAUGGAUUCAAAGCACCAAUGUCCACAUUGAUGUAAAAGAAGAAAGACCAAUUCGCCUUAUGCUGGGCACCUGCCCCACUAAAGAAGAUAAGGAGGCUUUUGCCAUUGUGUCUGUGCCUGUGUCUGAAAUUCGGGACUUGGACUUUGCAAAUGAUGCAAGUUCGAUGCUUGCUAACUUUGUGGAAAAACUGAAUGAAGGGUUUGUCAGCCAAAACGACCGCAGGUUUGCCAUUAAACUUUUGGAAGAUUUGGUCUUCUUUGUGGUGGAUGUUCCCAACAAUGGUCAGAAUGUGUUGGAUAUCGUGAUCACCAAACCCAACCGAGAAAGGCAAAAACUGAUGAGGGAGCAGAACAUCCUCAAACAGAUAUUUGGUAUCUUAAAGGCACCUUUUAAGGAUAAAGGUUCAGAGGGCCCUUUGCUCAGGUUGGAGGAAUUGUCAGACCAGAAGAAUGCACCAUACCAGUAUAUGUUUCGACUCUGUUACCGAGUUCUACGUCACUCCCAAGAUGAUUAUAGAAAAAACCAGGAACACAUAGCCAAACAGUUUGGUGUCAUGCAGUCACAGAUUGGCUAUGACAUUCUUGCUGAGGAUACAAUUACUGCUCUGCUACACAACAACCGCAAACUCUUGGAGAAACACAUUACCAAAACAGAGGUGGAAACAUUUGUAAGUUUGGUGAGGAAGAACCGUGAACCCCGGUUUCUGGAUUACCUGUCGGACCUGUGUGUGUCAAAUCACAUUGCUAUUCCAGUAACCCAGGAGCAUAUCUGUAAGUGUGUUUUGGACCCCAAGAACAGUGAUAUCCUAAUCAAGACAGAGCUAAGGCCAGUAAAAGAGAUGUCACAGUCCCCAGAAUAUAUGGGGAUAGAUUUCUGUGAAGAGGAGGUAUGGCUGACAUGGACAGACAGGAAUAAUGACCCCCAUGAAAAGAGCAUACGACAGCUUUCUCAGGAAGCACGGGCUGGAAAUGUGCACGAUGAGAAUGUGCUGGCAUACUAUAGGUACCAGCUGAAGCUUUUUGCCCGGAUGUGCCUGGAUCGCCAGUACCUAGCUAUACAUGAGAUCUCCAAGCAGCUGAGUGUUGACCUUAUCUUCCUUUGCAUGGCUGAUGAAAUGCUGCCUUUUGACAUCAGAGCCUCAUUCUGCCACCUUAUGCUGCACGCUCAUGUUGAUAGGGACCCCCAAGAGCUGGUGACACCAGUUAAGUUUGCCCGUCUAUGGACUGAGAUCCCCACGUCCAUCACUAUCAAAGACUAUGACUCAAAUGACUCAAGGGAUGAUAAGAAGAACAAGUUUAGCAGCACAAUGGACUUUGUGGAAGAAUAUCUAAAUCAUGUGGUCAGUGAGUCUAUACCCUUUGCUAAUGAGGAGAAGAACAAGCUAACAUUUGAGGUGGUGAGUCUUGCGCGGCACCUGAUAUAUUUUGGAUUCUAUAGUUUUAGCGAGCUUCUUCGUCUGACAAGGACUCUGCUUGGGAUUAUAGACUGUGUUCAGAACCCACAGGCCAUGCUACUGCAGGCCAUGUACAAUGACGACGGAUCAGGGAAGAACGUUAGGAGGUCAAUUCAAGGAGUGGGUCACAUGAUGUCAACAAUGGUACUUAAUCGGAAACAGUCUGUGUUCAGUUCCCCCCAGACGCUAAAUGCUGUGGCGACUCAAGAGGCACCAAGUAAAAGAAAAAACAUAGAAACUGAGAACAUUACUGUAAUGGAGACCAAGCUAAAAAUACUAGAAAUUUUACAGUUCAUCCUAAAUGUAAGACUGGACUAUAGGAUGUCAUAUCUUCUAUCCGUCUUCAAGAAAGAGUUUGUAGAGGUGUUCCCUAUGCAAGAUAGUGCUGCUGAUGGAACAGCCCCAGCAUUUGAUUCAACAAAUGCUACGUUAAACUUAGACCGCAUUGGAGAGCAGGCAGAAUCUAUGUUUGGUGUAGGGAAGAAUACCAGCAUGCUUGAAGUGGAUGACGAAGGAGGAAGGAUGUUUCUGCGGGUCCUUAUUCAGCUGACCAUGAAUGAUUACCCGUCUUUAAUCUCUGGAUCACUACAACUGCUUUUUAAGCACUUUAGCCAGAGGCAGGAAGUCCUACACACAUUCAAACAGGUUCAGCUGCUGAUCUCUGCUCAGGAUGUGGAUAACUACAAAGUAAUUAAGUCAGAGCUGGACAGACUUAGAACAAUGGUAGAAAAAUCAGAGCUCUGGGUAGACAAGAAAGUGAGCUCAAGCAGUAGUUCUUCAACGGAUGGGAGCAAGAAGGACAAAAAAGAGCAUGUAGAGAACCAGGAAGGUGCUGGAAAACCAACAACAGUAAAAAGUAGUGAGAAUUAUCAGAUUGUGAAAGGGAUCUUAGAAAGACUUAAUAAGAUGUGUGGAGUUGGAGAGCAGGUUCGCAAGAAGCAGCAGAGACUGUUGAAAAAUAUGGAUGCACACAAAGUUAUGCUGGAUCUGCUCCAGAUCCCAUACGAAAAGGGAGAUACUAAAAUGAAAGAGAUAUUAAAGUACACACAUCACUUCCUGCAAAAAUUUUGUGCUGGGAACCCAGAAAACCAGGCACUUCUGCAUAAGCACUUAACUCUAUUUCUGUCUCCAGGUCUUUUGGAGGCUGAGACCAUGCAGCAUAUUUUCCUGAAUAACUAUCAGCUAUGCUCUGAAAUCCACGAGACCGUUCUUCAGCAUUUCAUUCACUGCCUAGCCACACACGGUAGACAUGUUCAGUAUCUGUAUUUCUUGAAUACCAUCAUCAAAGCCGAUUGCAAAUACAUCAAAAAAUGCCAAGAUAUGAUUAUGACUGAGCUGACUAAUGCCGGGGAUGAUGUUGUGGUUUUUUACAAUGACAAAGCAUCGUUUGCACUGAUGCUGGAAAUGAUGGCAGCAGCCCGUGAAGGAGUGGAAGAAAACAGUCCUCUCAUGUAUCAUAUAACACUUGUUGAUCUUCUCGCUGCCUGUGCAGAGGGGAAAAAUGUGUAUACUGAGAUCAAGUGCACAUCUUUGCUUCCUCUGGAGGACAUUGUCAGGGUAGUGACACAUGAAGAUUGCAUUACUGAGGUUAAAAUGUCUUAUGUGAACUUUGUGAAUCAUUGCUACGUCGACACAGAAGUGGAAAUGAAAGAGAUAUAUACUAGUAAUCACAUCUGGACUCUGUUUGAAAACUUUAUUCUGGAUAUGGCUCGAGUAUGUAACAAGCGAGAGAAGCGUUUGCCAGAUCCAACCUUAGAGAAGUAUGUUCUUACCGUGGUUUUGGAAACAAUAAGGUCCUUCUUCAACUCCCCUUUCUCUGAAAAUAGCACCUCACUUCAGACUCAUCAAACAAUUGUGGUCCAGCUUCUACAGUCCACUGCUCGGCUUUUGGAGUGUCCAUGGCUUCAACAGCAGCACAAAGGCUCAGCAGAGGCUUGUAUAAAAGCUCUGGCUGUGGUUGCAAAGAGUCGAAGCAUCUCCCUCCCAAUGGAUUUAGAUUCACAUGUCAGCUCUUUGCUAAAUAGCUCUUCUAGCUCACUGCAUAGACAUAUGUCCACAUACAAGACCACAGCUACAAGAGCCUAUCCUCGCGUGAGCACCACACAGAACCAGUGGGACUACAAAAACAUUGUAGAGAAGCUACAGGAUAUUAUAAAUGUACUAGAGGAAAGACUAAAGCCUUUAGUGGAAGCAGAGUUAUCAGUUCUAGUUGAUGUCCUGCACCAUCCUGAACUGCUCUUUGCAGAGGGAACUGAUGCCCGCUUGCGCUGUGAGAGUGGAGGCUUUAUUUCCAAGCUGAUUCAGCACACCAAAAAUCUAAUGUCCACAGAGGAAAAACUUUGUAUUAAAGUCUUGCGAACCCUGCAACAGAUGCUCAUGAAAAAAAGUAACUACGGGGAACGGGGAAAUUUACUAAGAAAAACUCUACUGAAUAAUUACCUUCAAUGCAAGAAGUCAAAUGCUAAAGGCGAGACAGCUGACAGCUCUGUCACUGGUCAAGACCAGGACUGGUCUGUGAUAGCCUCAAUCCAGUGUAAGCUAGACAGAGAAGGUGCCACAAAACUUGUAACAGACCUCAUAAUGAGUUCAAAGAAUGAUAAAAUUUUUCAAGAAAGCAUUUUGCUUGCAAUCAGACUGCUGGAUGGGGGUAAUACAGAUAUACAGAAUUCCUUUUACAAUUUAAUGAAGGGUGACAAUAAGUCUGAGAAGUUCUUCAAGGUUCUAAAUGAAAGAAUUAAAAGUGCCCAACAGGAAAUAAAAUCCACAAUGUCUGUUAACAUGAGUGACCUAGGGUCAAAUGAAACCAAUGAGGAACACAUGGAGUUUUCUACAAAAGAUCACAGCAACCGGUUUGUGGUGUCUGCUGCCUCGUCUCGGGCCAUGGCUAAUGUGGCCUUGUGGAAAGGUCAUGAAGGUGGUGAACAUGGGGAGGGUAACGAAGUUGGCCCUAUUGUGCUUAUCAUGGAGCCAAUUUUAAGAUUUCUCCAGCUGUUGUGUGAAAACCACAACCCAGAUCUGCAAAAUUUUCUGAGGAAUCAGAACAACAAAACAAAUUAUAACCUGGUGUGUGAGACCCUACAAUUCUUAGACAUUAUGUGUGGGAGUACUACUGGAGGACUUGGUCUUCUGGGUCUUUACAUCAAUGAGAAAAAUGUCGCCCUCAUUAUUCAGACCUUAGAGACCCUUACUGAGUAUUGCCAAGGGCCUUGCCACGAGAAUCAGAGCUGUAUAGUGACACACGAGUCUAAUGGGAUUGACAUAAUAACUGCACUUAUUCUAAAUGACAUCAGCCCACUGUGUAAAUACAGAAUGGACCUGGUGUUGCAGCUCAAGGAUAACGCAUCAAAACUGCUUCUCGCCCUUAUGGAAAGCCGGCAUGACAGUGAGAACGCAGAACGGAUCCUUCUGAGUCUCCGUCCCCAAGAACUGGUGGAUGUCAUUAAAAAGGCUUAUCAUCAAGAGGACGAAGGAGACAGCUCUGAUGUUUCACCCCGUGAAGUUGGACAUAACAUUUAUAUUCUAGCCCUGCAGCUAUCCCGUCACAAUAGACACCUCCAACAACUUUUGAAAACUACCCGAAGGAUCAUGGAGGAGGAAGAAAGUAUUUCUACCAUGCUGAGUCUAAACAAUAAACAACUGACCCAGAUGUUAAAAUCUACAACUACACCUGUGCAAGAAGAAGAGGAGGAUCCUUUAGCAUAUUAUGCUAAACAUACUUCACAGAUUGAGAUUGUACGUUUGGACAGAAGCAUGGAGCAAAUAGUUUUCCCUGUCCCAAAUAUAUGCGAGUUCUUAACAGAGGAAACAAAGCACCGGGUUUUCACCACCACAGAGCAGGAUGAACAGGGGAGCAAAGUUAGUGAUUUCUUUGACCAGUCAUCUUUCCUUCACAAUGAGAUGGAGUGGCAACGUAAGCUGCGGAGCAUGCCAUUGAUAUAUUGGUUUUCCCGAAGAAUGACGCUAUGGGGGACCAUUUCCUUCAACCUUGCAGUCUUCAUUAACCUGAUUAUAGCAUUCUUUUAUCCAUAUGUAGAGGGCACAUCUAUAGGGAUUCUGGACUCACCUCUGGUAUCACUCCUAUUCUGGGCUAUGGUCUGCUUCUCUGUCAUGUCUCUUUUCACAAAGCGUUAUGGCCUCCGUCCUCUUAUUGUGGCUCUGAUCCUGCGCUCUGUUUAUUACCUGGGAAUUGGUCCAACACUCUACAUACUUGGGGGUCUCAAUCUGACCAACAAAAUAGUUUUUGUAGUGAGUUUUGUUGGCAACCGUGGAACCUUCAUUCGUGGAUACAAGGCUAUGGUGAUGGAUGUGGAAUUUCUCUACCACGUGGGCUACAUUUUGACCAGUGUCCUGGGUGUUUUCGUUCAUGAGCUUUUCUAUAGCAUUUUGCUAUUUGACCUGAUAUAUCGGGAGGAGACAUUGUUCAAUGUGAUCAAAAGUGUAACACGUAACGGUCGUUCGAUCCUCCUGACAGCUCUACUUGCCCUUAUAUUAGUCUACCUUUUUUCCAUUGUGGGCUUUCUUUUCCUUAAAGAUGACUUCAUAAUGGAGGUUGAUCGACUACCCAAUGUUCCAGAAACAAUGACAAAAUCCAUGGAAUCAAACCCUUUUGCAGAUUACUGCAGCAGGGACCAAACAGACUGUCCAUCUGGUGUCACAGUACUUGAGAAUUCUGAAGAUGAUGAAGAUGACACAGAAAGAGCAUGUGAUACAUUGCUCAUGUGCAUUGUCACAGUACUGAACCACGGGUUGAGGAACGGAGGAGGUGUGGGAGACAUCUUGAGAAAACCUUCCAAAGAUGAAUCCCUUUUUCCUGGUCGUGUGGUAUAUGAUCUGCUUUUCUUCUUCAUUGUCAUCAUCAUUGUCCUGAACUUGAUUUUUGGAGUCAUCAUUGACACAUUUGCAGAUUUGAGGAGUGAAAAACAAAAGAAAGAAGAGGUUCUAAAAACAACAUGCUUUAUCUGCGGUCUCGAAAGGGAUAAGUUUGACAACAAAACAGUGUCAUUUGAAGAACAUAUUAAAGAAGAACACAAUAUCUGGAAUUACCUGUACUUUAUUGUGCUAGUUAGAGUGAAGAACAAGACCGAUUAUACUGGGCCUGAAAGUUAUGUGGCACAAAUGAUAAAGAGCUGUAACUUGGACUGGUUCCCAAGAAUGAGGGCUAUGUCACUGGUCAGUAACGAGAGUGAUGGGGAGCAGAACGAGAUCCGUAGUCUUCAGGACAAACUGAACUCAACCAUGCGUCUGGUAACACAUUUAACAACACAGCUCAACGAACUAAAGGAACAGAUGACUGAGCAGCGAAAGAGACGCCAGCGCUUGGGAUUUGUAGAUGUACAAACGAAUGCUGCACACGCCACGGCUAGUGGGCAAUAAGAAAAUUGAUGCAGACUCCGAUAAUGGGAACUAUACUGUUGGAUGCUGUGUACCUAUAUAUAUAUAUAUAUAUAUAUAAUUGA